AAUCAUAAUAGCAAAGAUGGGUAUCAAGAAGAUGUUCCAGAAAAAGGAGCCAACCGAAGAGGAAAUAAGAUCCAACUUGGUCAACCUGGGAAUUUCCACCAAGACAACUACAGCAGGCGGAAGGCAGGAGAAGUUCGGUGCUUUCCGUAGUUAUGCCCAGGAAAGAAGCAACAACAGACAAGGAUUAGCGCCAGUCAACCCUUAUGCAAAUGUUGGCCAAACAGCUCCAGGAUCUAAUCCUUAUGCUAAUGGCGCAAAUGGGAAUGCUAGUGAUGUCAAUAGUAACCCUUAUGGCAAUGGCACUAGCAAUGGCAAUGGAAACGGAAAUGGAAAUGCAUACGGAAAGAGUCAAUCUUCAAAUCCAUAUGGAUCGGCUACUAACGGUGGUCAACAGUAUCUGGGAGCAAAUGGUCAGAGCCAAAGUAGUCCCUACGGAAGUUCUACAUCGAGAUCUUCAGCUGCAUCACAAAGAGAUCCAUACGCUCAAAGAACAGCCAGACCUAGCCGACAUAGUACUACUGGUGCGCGCGAUACUGAGUCGAUUGAUUUGAAUGACGUAUCGAGUGUGAUGAUUGAAAAGAGGAAGCCCGUUAGAAGUCAGCUUCGUCACGAUGAUGCGACAUUAGAUCUCAACGAAGACUUUGACGAUAUGAACCUCAACGACGAGGGCGACUUGGACAUUCCACAAGAGGAACAGGUCAACUCUGAAGAUGAAGAAGUGGAGUCUAUAAAACAAGAUAUACGGUUCGUUAAGCAGGAGUCGGUGGCUUCUACGAGAAACACGUUGAGAAUGGCCCAGGAAGCGGAUGCUUCUGCUACCAACACCAUGGGAAUGUUGGGAGCACAAUCUGAGAGGUUGUACAAUGCGGAACAGAACAUACUAUUGUCUGAAACGCAGACGAGUAUUGCUGAACAAAAGGUCGGUGAGCUCAGGCGAUUGAACCGGUCGAUUUUUGUGCCAGCUUACGGCAAUCCGUUCAAUAAGAAACUGAGAUUACGUCAACAAGAAGAGAAUAUUAAGAAUGCAAAAGCACAAGAAAAGUAUAUGCGUGAGAGCAAUCGCCAGCAGAUGUAUGCCAGUGAACAGAGAUUGAAGCUGGGUAUCACCAACAAUGCGACAAACUCCGAGGUGCACCAGAAGUAUGCUGGAGAAAAGCAUUUGGAUGCGGCCAAGCGUUACCAAUUUGAAAACGACUCGGAAGAUGAUGACAUGGAAAAGGAGAUUGCCGGCAACUUGGACCAGAUUGGAUUAUACGCUAAGAAGUUGAGUGCGUCUGCUAAGACUAUGGGACAAGAGGUGGAUAGCCAGAACGAGAGAUUGAGAAAGAUUGAAGAGGAUGCUGAUAGGUUGGAUAUCAAUGUUCAUAUGAACAGUACGAGAUUGAGCAACAUUCGUUGAUUAUAGAUGGCUGCGCAUAGAGAAUGCAAGAAUACUGUCGAAAGAGUAUGGAUACUGGUCUGGAGACAAUUGUAUAGUAAUAUAGAACUAUCGAUGGUUUUGUAGAGCCGAGGAUUGUAAAGUAAAGGAUUUUUAGUGUGGAGAAAUGCAGAUUUUAGUGCUUC